AUGGAAUUUCCAUUUGGGGUUAGUCAGGAGUUUCGUUGUUUAAAGCGUACUGAUCUGGUCAAAGCCAUGGCCGAUAAUUUACCAACAGGGACUAUACGUACCAACUGUCAAGUGCUUUCUGUAGAAAUAGAUCCUGCAACGAAGUUUCCACGCCUUAUGCUUAGCAAUGGAAGUGUUCUUGAAGCCAAAGUUGUUAUUGGAUGUGAUGGUGUGAACUCUGCCAUUGGAAGCAUGUUUGGGUUACACAAAGCGACGCUGUCGCUCUUCUCCACAACUGUUGCACGGGGCUUCACAAAUUAUUCAAAUGGUCAUCAGUUUGCCAGUGAGUUUGUCAUGAUGAUCAAAGGUCAAGUCCAACUCGGAAGAAUUCCACUGUCUGACAAGCUCGUUUAUUGGUUUGUGACAAAGCCAAGGACUUCUCAAGAUUCAACAAUUUGGAAAGACCCAGUUCUCAUUAGACAAUCGUUGAUAGAUUCAAUGAAAGGUUUCCCAGAAGAGGCGAUAGACAUGAUGAGAAAUUGCAAGUUGAGCUUCUUGCAUCUCACUGAGUUGAAGUAUCGGGCACCGUGGGAGUUGCUCUUUAACAAGUUCAGGAAAGGAACUGUAACAAUUGCUGGUGAUGCAAUGCAUGCCACAGGCCCAUUCGUUGCACAGGGUGGCUCGGCCUCCAUAGAAGAUGCUAUUGUUCUUGCUAGAUGCCUCGCACAAAAGAUGCAAAAUAAUACCAAGAAGGUGGAAGACUCUGAAAUAAACAUAGCAGUGGCAGUGGCAGAGGAAGCAAUUGAUCAAUAUGUGAAAGAAAGGAAGAUGAGAAACUUUUGGCUCUCUUUCCAUUCCUUCCUUGUUGGGAAGAAACUUGACACAAAAUCAUCCAUAGUCAGGUUCAUUAUCCUUGCAAUCAUGUCUGUUCUGUUCAGAGACCCCGAUUGGCAUUCCCGCUAUCAUUGUGGAAAUCUAUAG